AUGACAACUGUUAGGACUCUAAUUGUAAUAGCAGUAAAGAAGGGCUGGAACAUCUUCCAACUAGAUGUGAAUAAUGCCUUCCUUCAUGGAGACCUCCAUGAAGAGGUUUACAUGGAAGUACCUCAAGGUCUAGCUGUUGAGAGGUCAUAUUUAGUGUGCAAAUUGAACAAGUCCUUGUAUGGUAUGAAACAAGCAAGUAGGCAAUGGUAUGAAAAGUUAACUGAAGCUCUUUGCUCCAAGGGAUACACACAUUCUCUACUAGAUUAUUCUUUGUUUUACAAAAAGCAUGGAAGUUCAAUGGUGUUUGUAGCUGUCUAUGUAGAUGAUGUUCUAGUAACAGGGACUGAUUUGGAAGAAAUAGGUGUUCUAAAGAGGUAUUUACAUGAGACUUUCAGAAUAAAAGACCUAGGAAGACUACACUAUUUUCUGGGUUUAGAAAUUCUAUACAAAGAUGAUGGGGUAUUGAUAUCACAAAGGAAAUUCACAACGGAUCUACUGUCAGAAUUUGAUUGUAUAAAAUAUUCUGCCUUGAUUUCUCCACUGGAUCCCUCAACUAAGUUGAGUGCAAAUGAAGGGCCUCUAUUACCUGAUCCCUCACAUUUCAGAAAACUAGUGGGGAAGUUGAACUACCUAACCAAUACAAGACUUGACAUAUCAUAUAGUGUGCAACGUUUGAGUCAGUUUAUGCAAAGUCCUAGGGAGCCACACUUGAAAGCUGUCUAUCAUGUACUGAGAUACCUCAAAGGUGAUCCAAAUUUAGGGAUCUUUCUGUCCAACAACAAUGACUAUAGAAUUCGAGCCUUCUGUGACUCAGACUGGGCAGCCUGCCCUGACUCAAGAAAGUCAGUCAGUGGCUAUGUUGUGCUACUAGGUGAUGGUCUAAUCAGUUGA